AUGCACGCAUUUAAGAAAGUAGUUGUUCAUCCUCUUGUACUUCUUUCUGCAGUAGAUCAUUACCGUAGAAUGGACCAGCCAAGAGUAGUAGGAACUUUAUUAGGACGUAUAGAAAAUGGUGUUGUUCAUAUUACUAAUAGUUAUGCUGUGCCUUUUGAUGAGGUAGAAGGAAGUUCGGGUGUUUGGUUUUUUGACACGUCAUAUAAUGAUAGUAUGUACAAGUUGUUUAACAAGGUGAAUAGUAUGGAAGUAAUACUUGGGUGGUAUCAUACGGGUGUAGAUCUGCAUAAGAACGACUUACAGAUCACUCAGACUUUCCAAACUUAUACUAAAGAUCCAAUUUUGGCCGUAAUUGAUGUAGAGCAUUCAAGUGAAGGUACGCCUGUUAAGUGUUAUCGGCUGGAGAAGGAGAUUAAGUCUAGCACUGAGACGGCUAAGUUUGUCUUUGCUCAUGCACCUUUUGAGAUUGAGGCUGAGGAGGCUGAAGAGGUGGGAGUUGAGCAAUUGAUUGAGGACGUACGUGAUGUGAACAUUGGUGACUUAGGUCAUAAGAUUGCGCGGUCUACUGCUGCUCUUCAGGACUUAGCUAGUGGGUUGCAAACAAUUGAGAACUACUUGCUGGAGGUAGAGACGGGUAAGCGAGACUACAACGAAGAGAAUAUGCAACUCCUUCAAGAGAUGCUUAAUAAUGUGCCUAGAACGGCGCCUGCUCAAAUUUCCGAAUAUAUUGCUAAGAUGGAGGCUAACAGUUAUUUGUGUGCCGUUGUCAGAUCGAUAGUGCUUCUUAAUGAUGUCACCAAGAGUAAAUAA